CACGUAUAACAUUCCUCACGAAGAGCUCUCUCUCUGAGAAUCCCACAGGCAAUGUCGAAGCCCCAGGGGCCGCCGCGGCCUCUCUACAAGCAGCACUCGUGGACGCCCGACACGCGCCGCGAGGAGGCGUGGCUGAGACGCAAGGGCAAGUACGGCGGCGACCGCAUCCGCCGCAACAAGAGUCUGUCGGACGAGGACUUGGAGGAGUUGAAGGGCUGCUUCGAUCUCGGUUUCGGGUUCGGGGUGGACUCGCCGGAUGUGGAUCCGAAGCUGUCGGAGACCAUCCCGGCUCUGGGGUUGUACUACGCUGUUAACCGGCAGUACAGUAACAGCUUGUCGAGGUCGUCGUCAUCGUCGUCGUUGAUGGCUUCCGAUAGCGAAAUCGAAAGCCCCGUCGCGAUAAUAGAUCAAGGUGAGGAUGCUGAGCUGGUAAAGACGAGGUUACGGCAAUGGGCCCAGGUGGUUGCUUGCGUAGUACGCCAAUCCUCUUCAACCCUAAGCGGAUCAUGAUGAGAAAGAAAAUAACCUUGUGGUCGGUGAUCCGGGCCAUGGUCGGCGCCAUCUGUUCAUACGGAAAAUAUUCGGAGGCUCCCCGCCGGCCAUCACUUCGGCGGCAUCACCCCCAAUAGAGUUUCAUCGUUUUGCAGGUGAUCGGCCGAAAAUUGACUGUGUCAACAGUAUACCACACCAUAAACUAAUCCCAGUACUAUUUGUUAAUCAUUCAAUUUUGUAAUGUAAAAUCAAAAUUUUUAAUUUUGGUUUUUGUUUCUUUUUGAUUUUUGCUUGUUCGUGUUCUUGCUUGAUCUUCGUCCCCCAAAUAAUUUGGGAGAUAUUGGAUUAAGGUCGGAGUAUCUAGUCCGUUUGGGUAUCGAAUAUUUCGAAUAUGAAUAAUAUUCAAAAUUUAAUCA